AUGUCGGAAAAUAGCAUCCAUUUUCUAAAUAGAUUUAUGCUUGGAACAUACGGACAACGAAAUCGAACUCAUCUUCAUUCAUCACGUUCAUUUAUGGGAUUAACGUUAAAUCACGACAGAACACCUUUCUUUGAUUUACUAUCCGAUAAGCAGCAACUCUUCCUUACCUUAUUUGGAGCAUACGAUCGAAGCAAUUAUGUUCUUUUGGAGAAAGCACAUGACGAAUUUGAUUUAAGUAUUGCUAUGACACUUUAUGAUUCGACAAUUAAAUAUCGAGUAACUGGAAGUGUCACUACAGUCUAUCAGAGUAAAUGUGGUAACACACCUGAUAAUCUACCAGAUCCAUGCAAAUCUAAUCCUCACGAUUUCUAUUUCAGUUGCUUACAUGUCUAUCAGAGUAAAUGUGGUAACACACCUGAUAAUCUACCAGAUCCAUGCAAAUCUAAUCCUCACGAUUUCUAUUUCAGUUGCUUACAUGUUGGGUAUUACUUAACUGAAGAACGUGAAACAAUCCCUAAUCGGACGGCUAGUCGUUGUGCCUUAACUGGUCCAAGUCCCUAUAGAAGCAUACUUGAUCGAAGCCAACAAUUACGAUAUACAUACGGAUAUUGGGAAGACCUAUCACUUAUGCUUAUGCAAGAUGAAGGAAAUAGCACUUUGGUUAUCGAUGGAGUACAAAUGAUACCACCAUCGGAACUCGACAUUUCCCCCACAACCACCGAUGAUUUCGACUGGUUCUGA